AGAAUGGUUCGUUCCAACACUCCCCAUCACGUGACUAUCACAAGAUGGCUGCGCCCACACACUUCUGACGCGACGGCGAGAGUUUUCCCUCCUUCCGAGCACGUUUUCCGUCACAUUUCUCACGUACUUCCCCUCCCAGACGCCAUGGCCAGCCCUUCAGAAGCCAGACACCGCGCCAUGUACAAGGCAGGGACGUCUCCGUGGCGGGAUUCCUUCCGAAAACGGUGCCUGGACCGGCUGAAGUCGAACCGAGCGAAGAUCGUGAACAGGUUCCGGGUGGGGCUGGGAGAGGAGGCUGGCGCGCAGGGCGGCGAGUCGGACGUCGUCAGGGAGGUAAUGGAGGAAGAGUGGAAGCGGUUGGUGCAGGAAGACAGCGUCACCCCCUCCAACUCUCCUGUCUCCGCCGGGGCCGAGGACGACUUGGACUCCAUCUUAGCACUCAUGGAAGACAUCAAACAAGAACUCCUCAAGGAGGAGCACUCCAUCUUAGCUCAGCUCGAUGCCGAGAUGCGGUUCGAGGAGGAGGCCAUGUUGGCAACUGUGGACCAUCACCAUGGUAACGAUGAUGUCAUAACGUGUCCGGUGUGCAUGAUGAACCCUCUGCUGCAGAACAAGAACGUGAUAUUCUGCCAGUGCGGCGUGCGGAUCAACACGGAACAGGACUGUAUCGGGUUGCACCACGUGAAGCAGCGACUGACGGAGUGCGUGACGGAGCACUCAGAGAGAUGCGCGGCGCAGCCGGGGUUCACGGUCGCGGACCAGUGUGGAAUUCAGAACCUGGUGAUGGCCUGCGCCUCGUGCGACGCCUUGCAGAUUGUCAUCUAAAACCACUUGUGCAAGACUGAACUGUGAUUCUUGGAAGAAGAUAUAUUGUAACAAGGAAGAGGAUAACAAUGUUUUUUGGAACGAAAGCUCGUCUGUGUUGCUUGGUUGGUUGGCCAUACAAUUUAAGCUUUGUUCCAACACGCUUUCAUGUUGAGAGUUUCCUUUGUGUCGUUGCAAAGCUUAAAUUGUACAACUAUAUACAAGUUGUUCUUUGUACGCAACCAAGUGUUUUAUUCAAGAGUAAUGUUUCAGUGACCAUCUGUCAGCUUUCUAGUGUGUUCAUAACCAGCUAGAAUUGCCCUGACGAUCACCAGAAUAUUGUUCUUGGAUAAGAUCCUUAGUUGUGUACAAAAAACUUUGUUUUCUAAUGACUUACCAACCAGAUGGAACUGUUCACCAAGAAGAAUUAUGUUGCCAUAGAUUAAAAGCAAUGGGCUUACGGAUUCUAACAGCUCAGUUUUGAACAUGUGAAUAUCAAGGAAAUUUCCCUGCAAUUUUUACAGAAGUCAGGAGCUACAUGAUUGAGGCAAUAUUUUGCAAAUAUCUUUGUUAUGUUUUCAACUUUUUCCUAUAGCUAUUACUUUUAGGUAUGGAAAUGUUGAAAGUAUGGAUAAAUUUGUACAGAGAAACCUUAUCACGUGAAAAGUAUUCUCCAAGCAGAGGUUAGGCUCCGACUUGUUUUUGAUGUCUUAUUUGGCUUGGCUUGUGAACAAAAAGAAAACCU